AACCUUCGCCUGCCACAUCAUGUUCUGCAAAGCGACUCUGGUUUCCGUGGCUCUCGCUCUCCUCGCCACUGCGAGCCCCGUCGUCCACGCUCCUGGCGUCAGCGUCGCACUGGGAGAGCGCAGCACACUGACUCGUGCCGACGGCACCUUCGACCAUGAGAAGGCUGUAUUGCACAACAUCAAGACUCACAACAAGUACCAGAAGAACCUUCGGAAUCUGCUGGCAAACAAAGGCAGCCUUCCCGAGGGCUGGGAGAUCAAGGAGUUCCGCACGGUCCCUGCCAGCUUGCAGAAACGUGCCACUGGCUCCGAUCCGCUGACGGACCAAGACGACGAUGAGGAGUGGACGGGCUCGGCCUCCAUCGGCACUCCCAGCCAGUCAUUCGUCGUCGACUUCGACACCGGCUCGUCCGACCUGUGGGUCCCUAGUUCCUCCUGCACGAGCUCGACCUGCAGCGGCAAGCACAAGUACCAGGCCUCCUCGUCUUCUACCUCCUCCAAGAAGAGCGGCACCUUCUCAAUCGAAUACGGUGAUGGAUCGACUGUUUCUGGUCCCGUUUACACCGACACUGUGACCGUCGCUGGCCUGAUCGCGACCAGCCAAUAUUUCUCUCCGGUCACGACGCUCUCGAGCGAAUUCCAAGGCGACCCGGCUGACGGCAUCUUGGGCCUCGCCUUCCCCGCCAUCUCGAAUCUCCAACAGGACCCUGUCUUCAACACGCUUAUCGACCAGGGCAAGGUCAGCGCGAGCGAAUUCGCCUUCAAGCUCGCCUCCAGCGGUUCGGAGCUCUUCCUCGGCGGCACAGACACCUCCUUGUACACCGGCUCGGUCGAGUUCCACUCCAUCGACACGUCGUCGGGAUUCUGGCAGCCGACCGGCGCGAAGAGCGUCGUCGGCUCCAAGAACCCCAACACCGACUUCGAGACCGUCAUCGACUCGGGCACGACGAUCAUGUACGGCCCGCCGAGCGCGGUCAAGACCUUCUACGCGGCAGUCUCGGGCAGCAAACUGUACGACUCGGAGGAAGGGUACUACUCGUAUCCGUGCAACUCGCCGCCGACGGUCGGGUUCAGCUGGGGCGGCAAGACAUGGGAUGUCACCAGUGCCAACUUCAACCUCGGGGAGACCGAAAGCGGUAGCAGCGAGUGUGUCGGUGCGCUCGCAGGCCAGGACGUCGGACUCGGAGACAACGUGUGGCUGCUCGGCGAUAGCUUCAUGAAGAACGUUUACACUGUGUUCUCGUUCGACCAGAACGCUGUGGGCUUCGCCACUCUCGCCUAAGUGCGAAAAACACCUCGGCAUGUGGCGAUGAUGCACUAAAACUGGGGUAAACCUGUAUGUUGUAGAACUAUGGUGGCACUAAUGUAUGCACCUGGACUCGCUCUGUUUGUUUGUACGAACUCUGUUCUGUGUGUAAGACCAUUUUGGGCUCAUAGCUUGUAAUUCUUAUCCUUGAUUUAUCUAUCACUUGGGGCGCUACUGUCG